AUGGCGACCAAGUUUUUAGCUUUAGCUUGCUUACGCAAUGAAGGUUCAGGGUCAGGGCCGCGACCUCACUACCCAUCGAUGCCCAGAUACCCAAAGGGCAUGAAGGUUGAAGAAGGAGCCACCAUGGACAUGGAGGGUUCAGAGCCCAAUAAGGCCCUUUUCUCUGUCAUGGGAAUGACUUGUUCGGCAUGCGCUGCCUCCGUUGAGAAAGCCCUCAAACGCCUUCCUGGCAUUCGUGAAGCCCUCGUUGAUGUUCUCAACAACCGUGCCCUCGUUCUCUUCUACCCAUCUUUCGUUAACGAGGAGACCAUUCGCGAAGCCAUUGAAGAUGCUGGGUUUGAAGCCACGUUACUAAGAGGUGAGACAAAUGAUCCAACUUUUCAGGUAUGUCGCAUACGAAUCCAAGGAAUGACUUGCACCUCGUGUUCCUCCACUGUUGAAUCUGCUCUGCAAGCAAUUCAAGGUGUGUUGAAAGCACAAGUGGCUUUGGCAACUGAGGAAGCUGAGGUUCACUACAGUCCAAAUGUUGUUGGCUACAAUCAAAUCUUGGAAGCUGUUGAAGACACUGGUUUUGAAGCCACACUUAUCAGCACAGGUGAAGACAUGAGCAAGAUAGACCUUCAGGUUGAAGGUGCAAGGACUGGUCGUUCCAUGAGAAUGAUUGAAGAUUCUCUUCAGGCACUUCCAGGGGUUCAAGGUGUUGAAGUCCAUCCUGAGUUGAACAAAAUAUCCCUUUCCUAUAAACCAAAUUUGACAGGACCCAGGAAUUUCAUUAAUGUCAUUGAGGAAACUGGGUCGUCUAGGCGUUUCAGGGCAAAAAUAUUUCCUGAAGAAGGAGGAGGAAGAAACACACAUAGGAGGGAGGAAAUUAAGCAAUACUAUAGAUCCUUCUUAUGGAGUUUGGUGUUUACUGUUCCUGUGUUUCUAACCUCUAUGGUGCUUAUGUAUAUACCCGGAAUUAAGCAUGGACUGGAUGCCAAAGUUGUUAAUAUGCUUACAGCGGGGAUGAUUGCAAGAUGGGUGCUUGCCACACCAGUGCAGUUCAUUAUUGGCAAGAGAUUUUACUCUGGUGCCUACAAAGCAUUACGCCUUGGCUCUCCUAACAUGGAUGUUUUGAUUGCCUUGGGAACAAAUGCUGCAUAUUUCUAUUCAGUAUAUUCUGUCCUGAGAGCUGCUACCUCUCAGGAUUUCAAGGGUAAUGAUUUCUUUGAGACUAGUGCUAUGCUUAUUUCGUUUAUUCUAUUGGGAAAGUAUCUUGAAGUUUUAGCCAAGGGGAAGACAUCCGAUGCAAUUGCCAAGCUCAUGAACUUGACCCCUGACACAGCUAUCCUGUUGACCCUGGACAAUGAAGGAAACGUUAUUAAUGAACAAGAAAUUGACAGCAGAUUGAUUCAAAAGAAUGAUGUGAUUAAAAUUAUUCCUGGGGCAAAAGUAGCUUCAGAUGGAUUUGUUAUAUGGGGUCAAAGCCAUGUGAAUGAGAGCAUGAUAACAGGUGAGGCACGUCCUGUGGCAAAGAGGAAAGGUGACACUGUUAUUGGAGGAACUGUGAAUGAGAACGGGGUGUUACAUAUUAAGGCAACCUGGGUUGGAUCAGAGAGUGCUCUUUCCCUGAUUGUUAGACUUGUUGAGUCAGCACAGAUGGCCAAGGCUCCCGUGCAGAAGUUUGCUGACCGCAUUUCCAAAUACUUUGUGCCUCUGGUUAUUUUAAUCUCAUUUUCAACUUGGCUUGCCUGGUUUUUAGCUGGAAGAUUUCAUGCUUACCCAAAGUCUUGGAUACCAUCUUCCAUGGACAGCUUUCAGCUUGCUUUGCAGUUUGGGAUUUCUGUCAUGGUCAUAGCCUGUCCAUGUGCUUUAGGUUUAGCAACACCAACUGCUGUUAUGGUUGGCACUGGAGUAGGUGCAUCUCAGGGGGUACUGAUCAAAGGAGGACAAGCAUUAGAAAAUGCACAUAAGGUGAACUGCAUUGUUUUUGACAAGACAGGUACUCUCACUAUUGGGAAGCCUGUGGUAGUUAAUACAAAAUUAUUAACAAAUAUGGUACUCCGGGAAUUCUAUGAACUUGUGGCUGCAGUUGAGGUGAAUAGUGAGCAUCCACUAGCUAAGGCCAUCGUUGAGUAUGCAAAAAAACUCAGAGAUGAAGAGAACCCUACUUGGCCAGAAGCACGGGAUUUUGUCUCCAUUACUGGACAUGGAGUGAAGGCCACUGUUCGUAACAAGGAAAUAAUUGUUGGUAACAAGAGUUUGAUGGCCGACCACAAUGUUGCACUUCCUGUUGAUGCUGAAGAUAUUCUUUCAGAAGCCGAGGGUAUGGCUCAAACUGGAAUUUUAGUAUCUAUAAAUGGGGAAGUAGUUGGGGUUUUAGCAGUAUCUGAUCCACUGAAACCGGGUGCUCAAGAAGUCAUUUCCAUUCUCAAGUCAAUGAAAAUAAGGAGCAUCAUGGUGACUGGGGACAACUGGGGUACUGCUAAUUCUAUAGCAAGGGAAGUUGGAAUUGAAACUGUUAUUGCUGAAGCCAAACCGGAGUACAAGGCAGAAAAAGUGAAAGACUUGCAGGCUUCUAGGUACAGGGUUGCUAUGGUGGGGGAUGGUAUCAAUGAUUCACCAGCACUUGUGGCAGCAGAUGUAGGAAUGGCAAUUGGUGCUGGUACAGACAUUGCUAUUGAGGCUGCUGAUAUUGUCCUGAUGAAGAGUAACUUGGAGGAUGUCAUAACUGCAAUUGACCUUUCCAGAAAAACAUUUUCCCGUAUCCGCUUGAAUUACGUGUGGGCUUUGGGCUAUAAUCUGCUUGGCAUUCCAAUAGCUGCUGGAGCUCUUUUCCCUUCUACACGAUUUAGGUUGCCACCAUGGGUUGCUGGGGCUGCUAUGGCUGCCUCUUCUGUCAGCGUUGUCUGCUGUUCUCUACUGUUGAAAUAUUACAGGAGACCCAAGAAGCUGGACAACCUUGAGAUACGGGGCAUAAGCAUUGAAUGAUAUGAAAAUUAAUGGUGCAGGAGAAUUCAGGGUCUUGUUUUAGCUGUAAUGUGUUACUAGUAGGUCUUGACUAUUUCAGUUGUUUCUUCCUAUCCUAUCAAUAAGUUUGGACAUUUGUCUACUGUCAGACGACCAUGAAGUUGUAAAUAUUGCUUCUACUA